AUGGCAGGAAUGGAGUACACCUUGUGUAUCUGCUCAGACCUCCCUGGAAUGGCGCGGACAUUUGGGCGGCUUAUCGGCACUAGCCUUUUUUCUAAAGUUGUGUUGUGCUCAUCCGAUCCCUCCGUGGAAUUUAAGGAAGUGAAGGAGACCGCUGAGAAAAUUGUUUUACUUGUGCUUGGUCCACUUGGCCACGAUGGUAUAAAGCUUCUUUGUGAUGAUUACCGCAAACCACGUGAAGAGAGACGCAUAGGGUGGGUCCACAGCGUCUCGGCAGGGGUGGAUUGGUACCGGUUAAAUGAACUAACCACAGAACUUGAAGGUAUCCCUUUCACGAACGGUCGGGGUUGCUUCUCCUCCAUCCUGGCGGAGCACGUGAUAUACGCCAUGCUGUACUUCAGCCGCCAGACGUGGCGCCUGCAGGCGAGCCGCGCGGAGCACAAGUGGGACCCAUUCAACAUGGUGGAGCUGCGCGGGCUGAAGAUGGGUAUUAUUGGCUACGGCGACAUCGGACAUGCCACCGCCAAGCUGGCCACCGCGUUCGGGAUGGACGUGACGGGCGUGAAGCGCUCCGCCCCCGCGAAGGACGUGGACGAGUACGGCGUGCGUCUGGUGCACGGUGAGGCGGAGCUGAAGCGCGUGCUCAGCGAGUCGGACUUCGUGGUCAACGUUCUGCCGGGCACGGAUGAGACAAAGGAGUUCUUCAACAAGGAGCGCUUUGCCAUGAUGAAGCCGGAGGGGUAUUACAUCAACAUUGGCCGUGGCAUCACACAGAAUGAGAACGACCUCGCAGCGGCGCUGCGGAACGGUACCAUCCGCGGUGCUGCCGUGGAUGUGUUCCAGAAGGAGCCGCUGGGCCCUGAGUCCCCGCUGUGGGACAUCAGCGACGACAAAAUUCUUCUCUCGUUUCAUAGCGCCUUCAUGGUAAAUGGCGUAGAAAGGAGAAUAGUGGAUUGCUUUGUACGCCGCGCGGAAGAAUUUGGUACCUCUGCUUUUGAUUCCAAUCAAGUGAGGUUGGAGUAA